UUCUCCUCUGGUGGAUUCGUCGGGAACAUAUUCCAUGAAUUCAACGAUGUCCUUGUUCCUCUGUUCAUUACGGGCAGGCACUUUCGAUCCCACGUAAUAUUUAUGGUUACCGAUUUCCAGCAUUGGUUUUUCAACAAAUACAAGAAAAUAUUCUCCCAGUUGCCCAGUUACGAAGCUAUAAAUGCAGCUGAAACUGCAAAUGGGACCGUUCAUUGCUUUCCAGGAGCAGAAUUUGCUCAUGUUGUGAACAAUUGCAGCGUUAUUGUUGGAGUUCAUGGUGCCGGGCUAACAAAUGAACUGUUCUUGCCUAAUGGAGCUGUGGUAAUUCAGGUGGUUCCUCUGGGUCUUGAUUGGCCUGGAAAUGCCUGCUUUGGCGGGCCAGCGGUUGACAUGGGUUUGCAAUACCUGGAAUACAAAAUUGAACCUCAAGAGAGCUCGCUCUAUGAUUUGUAUGCUCCGAAUCAUCCUGUGAUUGCCGACCCUGAAUCCAUGAAGGCACAGGGUUAUCAGGCUUUCAGGGCUAUAUAUAUUGAUAAGCAGGAUGUCAAAAUCAAUGUUGAAAGAUUCAGGAAGACACUUGUUGAAACAAUGAGACUUCUUGGACGCCCCACAAAUCCUCUGCCUUGAUGGAAAGACUUCAGAUUUUGGUGCUCUGUCUUUUUCGUUUUUUGUAGGUUAUUUAAUGAUUCUUUUUGAUAGUCAUCUUGUAAAUGAAGAGGCUUUCUGUAGAUUCAA